ACCGCGGCAAAGAACAUGUGGAUGAUCGUCGCGCUUGGGUAUGCAAAGCAACGCAAAGUUGAUGUCGCUGUCGAGGUCUUGACGAAGGCGCUGGCGGCGCUGGCAAGAGGACGGCCGGAUGACCGACUCAGUGUCUUGAACGCGCUCUGCUGGAUGUACCUCCUGAAAUGUCGCGAGGCACCGAGGAUCAAGCCAGACAAUCAACUUGCCUCUGAAGCGCGUACCAAGGACUUCUACAUUCAAGCGGCUACCAGUACCUUGAACGACGCCUCUCGGAUCAGCCCUUCAUACCCUCCUCUCUUUCUAGCCCGCGGCGUCUUAUACCUCCUCAGGUCAUCUCUUCAGUCGUCGAAGUCUGGAUCGGCUUCCCAAAUCAGUGCUGAGCGCAUCGAAACCCUCAAGCAAGCAGAUAAAUGCUUCGGAGACGCGCUUCGAGCCUCCGGCCACAAGAACAUCAUGGCCUUCAUGGGCAAAGCUAGGGUGCAAUACUCUCUGGGUAAAUACGGUGAAGCCCUAAAGCUGUACCAAGGCGUGCUGGAGAAGGCGCCCGACGUAAUCGAUCCUGAUCCUCGCAUUGGAAUUGGGUGCUGUUUCUGGCAAUUGGGACACAAGGACGAUGCCCAACGCGCAUGGGAACGAGCUAUGGAGCUGAACCCGAAAUCGAAGAUUGCGCUCAUCUUGUUGGGGUUGUACAAUUUCCAUCGCAGUUCGCAAUACUCGACCUCCGACCCCAACUUCGCCGAGCCCUACAGAAAGGCAAUAACCCAAUAUACUGUUCCGGCGUUUAAGAUGGAUAACAAACUUCCGCUAACAUGUGCUACCCUUGGCGGAUAUUACAUGAUGAAGAGAAUGAUGGACAAGGUUGAAUCGCUAGCGCGAAGGGCCAUUGAGCUUACCGACGUGAAUGCCAUUGCCAGUGAUGGAUGGUAUUUGCUUGCGCGUAAAGAACACUCCAAUGACGAUAUCGCCAAGGCUUACGACUAUUAUUCGAAGUCGGAUCAGGCUCGCGGGGGUGAUGAGCGUGGUUAUAUUCCCGCCAAGUUUGGAUCCGCGCAGAUUCGGGUCCUUAUGCAAGACUACGAUGGCGCAAAGUUCCGCCUAGAGAAGAUCGUACAGCAGGCUAAGAUCCCCGAGGCGCAAACUCUCCUAGGAACGCUCUACGCUGAAGACGUCUUUUCCGCGCAGUCAGCAAAGUCCAAGGAAGAGAAGUCCAAUGAGAUGAAGAAGGCCCUGACAUAUCUUGAAGCUGUCCGCUUGGCUUGGGCAGAUCCCAAAAAAAAUUUGUCAGCUGACUCGUCCGUCCUUCUCAAUCUCGCCAGAUUGUACGAAAUCGACCAUCCCGACAAGAGUUUGAAAUGCCUGGAACAAGUUGAGCAAAUGGAGAUUGACGACAUCCCCGACGAAGACAAACCUCAAGGCAUUGACGAUGAGGCUGAAUAUAACGCUGCCCUGCGCGAGUCUCUCCCGCCUCAGCUGCUCAACAACAUGGGAUGCUUCCAUUACCAGUCAGAGAAGUAUGGUCGUGCUCGUGAGUUGUUCCAAACCGCUUUGAAUGCUUGUGUCAAAGCAGGCGACAAGGACCAGUCAAUCGAUACCGACGCGCUUGUCACGACUAUCAGCUAUAACCUAGCGCGAACCUAUGAGGCAGAGGGGAUGCCUAACGAAGCGAAGCAAGUCUACGAAGGCUUACUUGAUCGACAUAGCGACUACACGGACGCUGUCACUCGACUUGCAUACAUCGCGUUACGGCAAAGCCCGGGCGACGAAGGCCCGAAAGCGAUUCAGAAACUGUACCGCGAAGAGCCUUCCAAUCUCGAGGUCCGCGCUCUCUAUGGCUGGUAUCUAAGCAAGGCUAAGAAACGGACACCGAACUUCGGUGAGGAUCAGGAGCAACGUCACUAUAAGCAUACUCUGCAAAGCUUCGACAAGCAUGACCGGUACUCACUGACAGGCAUGGGCAAUGUCUAUCUGACGAUCGCUCGUGAGAUGAGGAGAGAUACUGAGCAAGACAAGGACAAGCGGCGAAACAUGUAUUCCAAGGCGGUUGAGAUCUUCGACAAAGCUCUGCAACUCGAUCCUCGCAAUGCCUACGCAGCUCAAGGUAUUGCUAUAGCUCUUGUCGAAGACAAGAAGGACUAUGCUACCGCACUGCAAAUCUUCACGAAGGUCCGAGAGACGAUGAAAGAAGCCAGCGUCUUCAUCAACCUUGGACAUACAUAUUGCGAAGUCAAGCAGUACGCCCGCGCCAUCGAAAACUAUGAAGCUGCUUUGUCAAAAGACCGUGCUAGGGAUCCUCAGAUUCUAGCUUGUCUCGGUCGCGUGUGGCUGCUACGUGGAAAACACGAUAAGAACAUCAAGGCAAUGAAGACUUCACUGGAAUACUCUCAACGUGCCCUCGAAGUCGCUCCAGAACAAGUUCACUUCAAGUUCAACGUCGCAUUCGUCCAGUUCCAAAUCGCACAGCUGGUCAUCAAUUUACAAGAAUCGCAACGAACGCUCGAAGAAGUCGAGGCGGCAUCCACUGGUCUAGAUCAGGCCAUUGAGUCUUUCAGCGCUAUUGCCCAAUCUCCCAAUCCGCCUUUCCCUAAACAUGACAUUGAGCAGCGCGCUAAUAUGGGUCGCAACACAAUGCGUCGCCAGAUUGAGCGUACUCUCCAGCAACAGAGAGAGUACGAGCAGAAGAACGCAGACCGACUUAAGCAAGCUCGAGGAGUGCGGGAAGCGGAAAUGAAGAAGAGAGAGGAAGAGAAGCGCAAGGCAGAGGAAGCGAAGGCUGAGGAGAGACGCAAGGUGGCCGAACAGCGACAAAAGAUGGAGGAGCGCGACCGAGAGUACAUUGAGAGGCGAAAGGAAGAAGAGAAGAGGCGACAAGAGUUUGUUGCGCAGGAUGAAGUUCGCAAGGGUGAGAGAGGCAAAGGCAGGCGAGGUGGAAAGAGGAAGAAGAAGGGCGACGCCUCAGACUCGGACACCGAGGGUGGUGACACCGACGCUGGUGCUCGUAGGUCUAGACAGCGGAGCGCCAUGACGUCGGCUACACCAGAUACCCAGGAUGAGCGACCUCGACAAAAGAAGCGCAAAUUGGAGCGGAAAUCCAAGAUUGCCAGCAAAUUCAAAUCUGACGAAGUCAUUGUCGACAGCGGCAGCGAGGACAAUGCGGACGUGGCUGGCGGUUCUGGGAAAGCCGGCAUUGGGUCCGACCAAGAACAGUCUGCUGCUCGACCCCGAAAGGCAGCCCGUAUCAUUGAUGACGAUGACGAUGAGGACGAGGAUGCGGGGGUGACCAAACCUACCGGCCGUGCAGCGUCGGAUGAAGACGAAGAAAUGGUAGAGGCCCCGGCAGAGAACGGUGGGAAUGCUGGUGGAGAAUCGGAGUCAGAAUGAUUGGUUCUCUGGCACUCCAGGUUUGCCCAUUUCUUUACUUUGUCUCUGAGCAUUAGCCAUCGGCGCAACCGGCAUGGUUUGAUUUGGCGGGGCAUGGCAUCUUGUUCCAACAGGUGGAAUAAGCGAUAUCAAGGUAGCCUCCUUUACAUUUGUAGGAUAACUUUUGAGCGCCAAAUACGAGAAAGUUUUCACACAGUAUGCCUAUCGCAUACCUAGUUAUUGGCAUUUUCACUUUCGGAGUACAACUUGAGGGAUUUUUGACUUGACGUUGAUGUAGGCGUGGUGGAAGGAGGUUUUUCUCCGACAAAGUGGAAAGUGGUAAAACAAACUGUAAAUAAUAUGAUCUCGAAUUGCCCAU